AUUUAUUUAAAACAACUGCACAAAGAUGCAGCGUCAUCCAAAUGUUUCUUAAACAUUUUGUCCCAUCCAGAAAAAUAAACAUUCUGCACACUGGCUCUUGUCACACGGAAAAGGCCUGUUUGAACUACCUGUGAAGGUAAACAGGUAAACACAGAGCGAUAUGCUCUCCAAGUGGAGCACGUCCACUUAGCCAAUCCACGUUUACCUCUUCUUAAGGAAACCCUCGGCUCAGUUGAUCAAAUAGCAGCAUAUCCCCGGCAACUGACCACACUCAGCAGCCAUGGCGCGCGCUCCCAUGGACCGUCACCAGACCCAAAGCUACUCCCACCUUGUCCCUGCGCCACUCACCGCGGAAAGAAGCGUGGAGUGACACGGGUGAUAACCCCCGCGUGCUCAAACAUUCCCCGAUUUCUCAGCAAAUAAACGCCCUGCGCGCGGGCCAAGUGAGUCCACUGAUGAGAUGCGCGUGGAGGCUACAGCCCGGGCCAUCCCUGCGCGAUGCGUGAAGCUUUCUGGAGUCUGGUGUGGGCUGCGUGUCCCCCCUCAUAUGUCGGAUUUAGCUGCGCAGCAUUACUUGGUGGAUCAGCGGAUUGUCCGGCAAGCUGGUGCGGCAACUUUUCCCCCCCUGCAUAUUUUCCCCCACCAGAAUAUGUCGUUGACCAACACAAAGACGGGCUUUUCUGUAAAGGACAUUUUGGACCUUCCUGACACAAAUGAUGAGGACGGAUCUAUCACCGGAGCGGAGGAUGACACGGAGGGAUCGGAGACCACGUCCACGACGAAAACCACUGGAGUUUUGGUGCAAAGUCCCCUGGAAAACGUGCAAAAUCUGCCUUUAAAGAACCCCUUUUAUGACAGUAGUGACAAUCCUUACACACGAUGGCUCGCUACUACGGACAGCAUCCAGUAUUCAUUGUUUCUCCCGUUUCUUGUCGCAGUGCACGGUCUAUCCGCAAACUCUCAGGACUCGGCCAAGUCCCCGGAGCCGUCCGCGGACGACGAAUCCCCGGAUAACGACAAGGAAACUUCCAGCAGCGGCGGCAGCGACUCCGGCAAGAAGCGCAAAAGGAGGGUGUUGUUUUCAAAGGCGCAGACCUACGAGCUGGAGCGUCGCUUCAGGCAGCAGAGGUACCUGUCCGCCCCGGAGAGGGAGCACUUGGCCAGCUUGAUCCGCCUCACCCCGACCCAGGUGAAGAUCUGGUUCCAGAACCACCGAUAUAAGAUGAAGAGAGCCCGGGCCGAGAAAGGACUUGAGCUGUCUUGUGUGAAACUGACACGCUGCUGCAGUCAGGUGGGCUGGAUGGAGGACGGCGGCGACAAUCAGCCUCCCAGAGUUGAGUGUUUAUGCCUUUCUCUUAAUGGAUUGUCUCACCUUCUUCAGAGGAUGAACAUGAGGUGCUUGAGAUGCCACCACUGCAAAUGGAUCCUGGGGCUCUGAGCCUGAUAACGAGCAGCUGUCGUUCGCUUCAGGUGUGCUUUAAUCAGCCAAAGAGCAGCGAUGUGGCAGUUUUAACAAAUGAAAUUGUGUAAUUAACCUCCAGUUUAUGGAGGAUGUAAAGAACACGUUUUGUGCUUGUGUGUCUGAAUCUGUAAGUUGUGAAAGAAAAAUGAAUAAAAGUGAUGACGUGCAUGUUUUUGCGUGUGGUUUUAGGAUGAAAUGCACCAUUGCUGAGAUUUGGACUUUUGUUGAGCAUGUGGUAAAAGAAGGAAUUGCAUUUUUUAUUCAAACAAAACAACAAACCUAGAAGAGAAAAAGUACAUUUUAAUCACUCUUAAAUGUCACAUUUUCUUAUUUUCUAUGAUGAACAAAUCAUUAUUUACCUACUUUCAUUGUGUCUAAAGACGUAUUUUCAAACUGUUGUAGCGUCACAAAGGUCCUCUAAUUUGUGACAAAGGGCUGGACCUGGACAGAGGCCCCACCCAAUCGGAUUGCAAGUCCGACCACGGUGUGGACGGUCCCUUUUUCUGUAGGGGAGCUCUGUGUGCAGGGUUGGAUGGCUGAAACUGACAACAGAUCAGACAACGCUGGACGUGGUCUGAGACGUCGCGACGCAUCCCCGGCCAAUAAGCAACCUGGUCAGGGCACCGAACGUGGCCUUGACACCUUAAAAAGUCACUUAUGAUAUUCAGAAAUAAGAAAAGUGUUUUUUGUGAAAGUAUUUCAGUUUUGUUGUUGCUUCCAUGAUGAUGUUGGAGAACACCUCGUUCACACCGAAUACGGAACGGAUGUGGUCCGGUUCCGACACGGCUUCUGCAGUGAGAGAAGAAGUAGCUGAAGAGUUUGGCGUAGAAACAUAGGCGUGGCAAAUAAAAGUUGUGCCAUUAAAAUGGUAAAAAUCAAUCAUUUGAGAUAUUACACUUUAAAGUCAAUAAUAUGGACUCUUUGUUAUUUUUUGUCGUCAUUGUCGUCUUCCUCCACUUAUCCGGGUCCGGGUCGCGGGGGAAGCAUCCCAACUAGGGAGCUCCAGACCGUCCUCUCCCCGGCCA